AUGGCGACUCGACUGGCGGCGGUACUUGCACUGACGGAUGACGCGGUGGUGGAGUUUGGGGCAGUUGGAGCAGCGGUUGUUGCUGCGUCUGGCUUUUAUCUGGUGGGUCGUAUGUCGGCACCUAGGGCAGAGGAUGCUGCUGGAUUGCCCAAGGCGAUGGCGGCGGUAUGGGGCCUGCGUGAUCGUCUCUCGAUCACGAAGGUUGAAGGGGACCGUUUUCAGUUCCGCUUUGCGGUGAAGGAGGAAGGUCAGAGAGUUCUGCACGGGGGCCCGUGGCAUUUCAAGAAUCGGAUGCUAUUGCUGGAGGAGUAUGAUGGCUUUGGGGCGCCGGAGUUGGUUCCAUUGAACUCGUUGGAGGCCUGGGUCACGGUGCGACGUCUACCUCCACGUCUGCAGACGGAAGAGUCGUUGAUGCUGAUUGGAUCGUCAAUGGGCCGGUUUCUGCGGGCAGAGAAGUUUGCACUGCAGCCGGGUUCUCCUGAGCAACGCUUCCGGGUCCUCUUGGACGUUCGUCGGCGUCUCUGGGGGCAGCGGACUUUUGGCUUUACAGAGACGGUAAGGGCGGAGGUGGAUCUGGUCUAUGAGAAGGUCAAAGGGUGGUGCAGAGAGUGUGGCCUUUUCGACCAUGGUGAUCGGGUGUGUGAUCAUUUUUUGAUUAAGAAAAGUGGAGGUGGGCUGACCGGAUCUACAGGGUUAGUAGUGGGAGGUCAGGUGACUCCGGCGGCGGCUAGGAAAGAGCCGUCUAAGGUGAUCCUGUCAGAGACUCCAAGGUAUAGCGCUGGUGUUCCUGCGACACCUACACCAAUCUUGUUAGGGUCGAUGGCAACAACUGGAGUGCCAAAUCUCAUGGAUAUUGUUGGCCGGUCCAUGGAGAUGCUAAAGGGGAUACCACUACUAGAAUUUUGGCUAUAG